AUGGUGUUUACUCUGCGGGUGCUGUUGGGGUUGGGUGGACCUGCCGUCUCGUCAUAACUUUAACUUCACCGCUUCACCCGCGGCUCAGUAUUGUGAAGGCAAGGCGUCAAAUAAUCACGGAAUACUUUAAAAAUGCUGGUGACUUGCAUGAGGCAGUGAGUCUCCAAUUUGAUUUAUGAUGAAUGGAGUCAUGGAGCAUCACCACAACAGUGCACAUCAUCACCAUCAUCAACCAAAUCAUCAUCCUCAUCACCAUGUAGCAAAAGAGAAACACCCACCACCUCCAAAGUACAAAGCAUUCAAGCUGUUAUCAGAUCCAUGCAUCAUCCAGGGAGCUUCAAAGAUCUACAGGUACGACGGCCGCGUGCCCAACGACGCCUCGUACCCGACUGUACACGUGCGCGACCCGCGGCCGCCGCUCACGCGCAUCUGGUCGCGCAUGGAAGUGCUGCAGAUGCCUGUGCCCAAGUUUCGGAUUGACGAGGACUACGUGGGCAUGCCUCCCCCGCUGGAGGUCUCCAUCACCAACAUCAACGACAACAUCGACCAGGCGUUCCUCUCUGAAUUGGUACAAAAGUACGGCGAGCUGGAGGAGCUGACCAUCUUUUACCACACGCGCACCGGCAAACACCUGGGCUUGGGCCGGGCCGUGUUCCAUCGCGUGGAGGGCGCCCGACUGUGCGCAGAACGGCUCAAUCACACCUCGGUCAUGGGCAACGUGCUCAACGUCUUCCCAGACGCCUUCGGGGCCAAGGUGCGGCAGAUGGCGGAGGAUCUGUCCGAGGACCGGCCCGUGCGUCGCGAGGAGCCGCCACCGGCCCUGCCGCCGCUGGCUGCGCCGGAGCCAGAGCCGGAGCCCGCCGCCGAUCCGGAGCCGGAGCCGGAGCCGGAGCCGGAGCGGACGGCCGUCGUCAGGCAGCCUUCGGAUCUCGCCGCCGAGCCUUGGGAGUCGGCGACCGGCGCCGCUGUGGACAGCGACGAGGAGCGGCUCGACUUGGAUACGCGCAUCGCGCAGCUGCUGCAGCGCAAGGCACGCCACGUGCUGGUGCCGUCGUUCGCCGAGAUGCUGGACAGCGGCGGCGAGUCGGCGUCCGAUUCAUGCUCAGAGAGCGGCUCCGACUGGGAGGCGCCGUCGCCGCUCAGCGCCACGCCGUCGCCGUUCGCCUCCCGCGAGCUGUACCUGCGCAGUCACCGGCCGGGGUUCCAGCAGUACCUGGCGCCUCCGCCCGCCCACCAGUCAAGCGACGCGCCGGCGCCCGAGGCGGAGCCGCUGACGCCCGAUCUCGUGUCUCGGAGAGCCCUGGACGAAGUCGUCCGGGAGCUCAAACAGAUUCUGAAGCGAGACUUCAACAAGAAGAUGAUCGAGAACACUGCGUACCGCAUGCUGGAGAAGUGGUGGGACCGCCAGGCUGAGCUGCAUAAGGCGCGGGACGAGGAGAGCCGGGCCGGCGGCGCCGCGCCGCUGGCGCCGCCGCGCGCCGACCUCACCUCUCUGCUGGAGAACAGCCGAGGCUCGCUGACCGGUGCCGGCGCUGGCUUCGGCCUCGGCUUCCGCAUGGCGCUGCCCAAGAUGCCCUCGUUCAGACGGAAGAUUCCGCGCCGCUCGCCGGCGCCGGCGCCGGAUGACGACAGGCGGCAGGCGGCCGACUCCGACUCGGAGGCGGCCUCUGAGCCGGAGCCGGAGCCGGAGCGGCAGGAGCCACAACAGCCCGCGCCGCCGCGGCCGCGCAUUUACGACACGUCCAGCGAAGAGGACGAGCCCCCGGCGGAAGAGGAGGACGAGCGGGGAUGGAAGGCGAGCAGCGUCAGCAGCAGCCGCAGUAAGGAGAGCAGCAGCAGCGAGAGCGCGAGCAGCAGCAGUAGCAGCAGCAGCAGCAGCAGCAGCAGCGGCAGCAGCAGCAGCGAGGAGAGCGAGACCGAGGCGGACGAGGCGGUGCGCGCACGCUCGGCCGGGGAGCUGGACGAACAGGUGGUGCCGCUGGACGAGGUGCCGGCGGCGGCGGACGAGCAGCCUCGCGCGGCGGGACGCACCGCUGAUUCGAUCGACGAGGAGGAGCGCGUCGGCUCGGCGAUCGAAGCGGUGCUGGCGGCCGGCGCGCGGCCAGAGGAGGAUGCCGCCGGCGAGCUGGCGCCGCGCCACCUCAGCACCGCCUCCGACCAGAGGACUCCCGCCACCGGGGCUUCGGACUCGCCGGCGCUGCCGGCCACUCCGGCGCCCGCCCUCGCGCGGGGUAAACGGAAGCUCGGCGCCCGGGGAGCGGCUGGGCUCGCCAAGCGGGACGUGAUGUCGGAGAUGGCGCUGCUGUACGAGUUCCUGACGCGCGGCAUCACGGCGGAGGACAUCGGCUACCUGCACCGCUGCUAUGAAAGCCUGCUGGCCGACGAUCAGAACAGCUACUGGCUGAACGACACGCACUGGGUGGACCACGCGGCCACCGACCGGCCGGAGAAGCGGCGCCGGCUGACUGAGCCGGCCGCCCACCGCUCCGGCUGCGCGCGCACCGAGGGCUACUACCGCGUCUCGGCUAAGGAGAAAAUGAAACACAAGUACCACUUCGGCCGCUCGGUGGUGGAGGCGACGACGGCGCUGGAGUCGACGGAUCAGGCGUCCACGUUGCCGGACCAGCGCGCCAAGGCGGCCACGGCGGCGGCCAUCUCCCGAGAGGCGCGCAGCAACCAGCGACGCAUCCUCACGGUCCUGGGGGCCGCCACCGAGAGCGAGUUGCUCAAGUUCAACCAGCUGAAGUUCCGCAAGAAACAGCUCAAGUUCGGCAAGUCGGCCAUCCACGACUGGGGCCUGUUCGCGCUGGAGCCGAUCGCCGCCGACGAGAUGGUGAUCGAGUACGUGGGCCAGCACGUGCGCCAGUCGGUGGCCGACCAGCGCGAGCUGGUGUACGAGCGCCAGGGCAUCGGUAGCAGCUACCUCUUCAGGAUCGACCGCGACAACAUCAUCGACGCCACCAAGUGCGGCAACCUGGCCCGCUUUAUCAACCACAGCUGCAUGCCCAACUGCUACGCCAAGAUCGUGUCGUUGGAGGGCCAGAAGAAGAUCGUGAUCUACUCGAAGCAGCCGAUCGGUGUCAACGAGGAGAUCACGUACGACUACAAAUUCCCGUACGAGGAGGACAAGAUCCCGUGCCUGUGCGGCACGGUCCAGUGUCGUGGUUACCUGAACUAGACCGGCGCGGCGGCCCCUGUCCGGCCGCGCCCGCCCGCCCGUCAGGCGGCGCCCGCCCGCCCCUGUCAGGUGGCGCCCGCCCGCCCGCCCGGCUGGGUCAUGUCUAGUCUUUCAGUGUGCGUACUGGUCACCGUCGGGGCGGCGCGCCCACUGUACAUGCCCAUCUCCCAUAUCUCGCCCCGCCCGCUCCGUCGCCGCGUCUCUGUACAAUGCAUGACCACUCAACAGAAUACAA